CUGUAGGACUUCCACAUGAUGAUAUCACAUUGUAGAGCUAAAGUUGCAUCACCUCUGAGCAUCAAUGAAAGACCAGGCAUGGCUUUCUUCAAGCAGCAGAAGGUGGAGGACGUUUAUGACAUCGGGGAAGAGCUGGGAAGUGGCCAGUUUGCCAUCGUGAAGAGGUGCCAGGAGAGGAGCACGGGCGUGGAAUACGCCGCCAAGUUCAUCAAGAAGCGGCAGAGCCGGGCGAGCCGGCGCGGGGUGAGCCGGGAGGAGAUCCAGAGGGAGGUCAGCAUCCUGCAGCAGGUCCUGCACCCCAACAUCGUGGAGCUGCACGACAUCUACGAGAACAAGACGGACGUGGUGCUCAUCCUGGAGCUGGUUUCUGGAGGGGAACUUUUUGACUUCCUGGCACAGAAGGAGUCUUUGAGUGAAGAGGAAGCAACCAGGUUCAUCAAGCAGAUCUUGGAUGGCGUGAAUUACCUUCACUCCAAGAAAAUUGCUCACUUUGAUCUGAAGCCUGAAAACAUAAUGCUUCUAGACAAGAAUAUCCCUGUUCCACACAUCAAACUCAUUGACUUUGGCCUGGCUCACAAAAUAGAAGAUGGAGUCGAGUUUAAAAACAUUUUUGGAACUCCAGAAUUUGUGGCUCCAGAAAUUGUAAACUAUGAACCACUUGGAUUAGCUGCAGAUAUGUGGAGCAUUGGAGUCAUCACCUACAUCCUGCUUAGUGGUGCAUCACCUUUCCUUGGAGAAACUAAACAAGAAACGCUUGCCAACAUCACAGCCGUGAAUUACGACUUUGAUGAAGAAUUUUUCAGCAAUACCAGUGACCUGGCCAAAGAUUUCAUUCAGAAGCUUCUGGUGAAAGAUACACGGAAGAGGCUCACGAUUCAGGAAGCUCUGUCUCAUCCCUGGAUAACGCCCAUGGACAAGCAGCAGGCUCUGGUUCGGAAAUCAUCUGUUGUGAACAUGGAGAACUUCAAAAGGCAGUACGCCCGCAGGCGGUGGAAGCUCUCCUACCGCAUCGUCUCGCUGUGCAACCGCCUGUCCCGCUCGCUGGUGAGCAGGGUGCUGCUGCAGGAGGAGAGGAACUGUGACAGUGACAGUGAGGAUCUUUCCCAAAGAGAAGUCCCCCCUCAGAGGAGAAGCAGCAUAUCCUAAUGGGAUGAGAAUUCCACGGGCAGGAGACACAGGAGCCUUCCAUCCCUGCUGAAGGAAGCAGCCCUGGCAGCAGGCCUUGACUUGGCUGAGUCACUGGUGUGAUGCUUCUUGCUUCUCCAACAGCACCAGCAGCUGGGUGAUGGCAUUAAAUGUCUGCUGAGCAUCUUGGAAAACUGGGAAUCGAGAUCCCCAGGGAAAUGCCACAGCACAAGCAGCAGCUGGAGUGCUUUUCUGUGUUGAGUGUUUCAGUGAUACUUCAAUCUGUUUGUGAUGCACUCAGGGUGUGGGGUUUCUACUGAUAAUCUUUUCUUGCAGAGUAAUUCCUGUCCUGCACAGGGGUGGAGACCAUGUGCAUUCCUAUUUCAGUCAGGGAAAUUGUUAGUGAGUCUUCAGGACACUUUGCAAUGCAGUUUUUGUGUUUGUUAAUGGCAUAAAUACGUGGUGGUGGCAGGUACCUGCCAGGUUGGGUUGGCUGUGUGCAGGGCUCUGCUACUGCUGUCAUUGAGGAGGAAAUGCCGAUGCCAUCACACACCAUGACCUUGGUUUUGGGAACAGUGCUGUUCUGCAGCAAGGACUGUGCUCUGACACAGGCCAGGGCAACUUGUGGAUGAAAAAGAGAGAAAAUGCUGUAGUGAUUUCCAUGCACCCAAAUCCAGUGUUCUUACAGGAUGGUGGCAGGAUAUUCACCAAAGCAGGGCCUUCAAAAAAACCCAGGUGUUUGAAGAAAUAGUCUCUGUUGGACUUGGUUAUUGUUGUCAAUUAUUGUCAGCACAUUGGAGUCUGGUUAACACCUAUUUGUGUAGGUGCUGUUUACAUUGUAACCCAGACAGCAAACAUCUGUGUUUUAUUCAGGGAGUUGUACCCAAAAUUGAGGAAGUGAGCACUUUGAUACUGAUGUAACAUCUCUGCACUGGGAAGUUGCAUCAUUUUAACUAUUUUUAGUUUCUAAGCCAGUAUUGUUCGAUUGGUACCAAAAAAAAUGUGUAUAGAAUAGGUUAUUUUUUUUCACUUAAUGCAAUUGUUGUUAGAAAUUCGUAUUUAUUUUGCCAUUGAAUAAAUUUAAAAAUCAGAAAGCCUAUUAGAAACAACUCUGGAUGGACAAGGAAACUGGUUUUGUUUGGCUUUAUGUUGGUCACUUCUAGGCUGAGAUUUUAGAGCAGGAGGUGUGAACUGGUGCUGAAAACCAGUGUCAGGUUAGUUUUGGUGGCUUCCAGUUUCUAAGAAAGAAAUAAAAAUAUGCUGCUUUUAUUUGCAACCCUGUAUCCCUGCUUUAGGUAGAGGCUAAAGUGCAGUUGAUAAGAAAGUGUUUCUGUGGAAGGAAGGGAAUGUAGAAGAAGCAUUGGAGGAGAGGGGCAGAAAGGAGGAUUUGAUGGAAGAAACGUGAAAUGAAGGAGGUGGUGGGAGGAAAAAAAAAGCAGUGGGGAGGAAUGAGUGUGAGAGGGACGUGGAGGGAGUGAAGGUGAUCCUGGAUGGGAAGGUUGAAGGAAGGGAAAGAGAAUGUGGAAGCAGGAGAGUGGAUGUUUCUGCCAAUAUGGCACUGCAUUUUGCUACUGUUUAUUUAAUUUCCUUUUAUUUCAUGUCUUGUGCUGCCUCAGCCUGUGACACGUGCCUGCUCAAGGGAUAAGGGAUAGUGCAUGGGCUUCUCUUCACAUUUAAAAGGUGCAUUUAUGAGCUUUCUGUGUGAUUCUUGAGCAGAAUCCUCAAAAAGUGCUGUGUUAAGAGGGAGCAGUAACAGGAAAACCUGUUGUUUCAUUGUGUCCUGGUUCCAGCUGGAAUGGAGUUGAUGUUAUUGUUAGUGGCUGGUACAGGGCAGUGUUUUGGGCUCAGCAGGAGAACGUGUUGAUCACGUGCUGAUGCUUUAGUGGUUGCUCAGAAGGGUCUCCCCAAGUCAAGUUUCCCAGCCCUGCCAGUGAGGAGCUGCUCAAGGAGCUGGGAGGGAGCAUGGCCAGGACAGCUGACCCCAGUGGUCCCAGGCACAUCCCAGCCCAUGGAAUGGUGCUCAGUGGAUGAGCUGGGGGAGCUGGCUGGGACACAGCUCACUGCUCAGGGCUGGGCCGGGGGGUGAGAGUUGUGCUGGCAUCACUUCUCUUCCUUGGGUGUUACUGCUCUCUCUUUUCCUUUUCAUUAUUUUUAAUUAUUAUUAUUAUUAUUAUUAUUAAUAAUAUAUUUUGCUUUAGCUCAAUGAUAAAACUGUUCUUGUCUCAAAGUAACCCACGAGGUUGACUUUGAGUCCUCCUCCCCUCCAGACCAGGGGCAGUGAGCGAGAGUGGCUGUGUGGGGGCCUCGUUGCUGGUUGGGCACCUUUCAUGAAGAGAACACUACAAAUAUAACACCUGCCCGGCAAAUUCUGCUUCCUGCUUCCCCUGGCAUAUGGAAAAUUGAGUAAACUCCAAGCCAGUGGUAUUUUUCUGAAUUUCUGGGGUUUCAGAAAUACCUUCAGUUCCCAAACUGGAGGCUGUGGGAUGUGUAAGGAAAUGGCACUUCUGCAAAUGAAGCCCUGGUUAAAACAGCUGUGGGGUUUGGGUCAGGGCUGUGUCAUGGAGGUGAGGGCAUUGUUCUACUGUGAAAUCCUGGCAGCUACUGAGCCAGGUGGGGAGCAGGGGAAGGGCAGUGUGAAGCCAUAAGCUCUGGCUUAUUAUUUGUACAUUAAUAAAAGGUGUAAGGAGGUGUUUUAACAAAACCAGGAGAGGCAGCUCAGGGUGUUCAGUCUCCAUCAUCUUUGUGCCCAGGUGAGGUGAGGACAGGCCCCCAGCAGGGUUGGAUCCAAGUGGCUCCCAUGUGAGGUGGCACAGAAAACCCACACACAGCGCUCCUGUUGAGCCAAACCAUUCCCUGGCUGUGCCGGAGAGGAGCCCAAACCAUUCCCUGGCUGUGCCGGAGAGGAGCCCAAACCAUUCCCUGGCUGUGCCGGAGAGGAGCCCAAACCAUUCCCUGGCUGUGCCGGAGAGGAGCCCAAACCAUUCCCUGGCUGUGCCGGAGAGGAGCCCAAACCAUUCCCUGGCUGUGCCGGAGAGGAGCAGGCUGUGAGUGGGGAGUCUCUUGUUCUCAGGACUAAGGGUUGUGGCUCGUGAGGAGGUUUCACAGUGCGAGUUCUCUGUGUUCGUUCCGUACUAGUGUUGUUAAAACAAUUUACGUUGCAGAAUUUGCUUUGGUGGGGGAGAAAAGCAGUAGGGAACCUGGAGAGAAAAGAAGUGAUAGUCUAGGGGAAAAAAGCCCUCAAGCUGUAAGUAUUUUUAUUAAAAUAUGACUAUUUUUAUUCUCAUUUUAAUGCUGAUUUUUUUUUAAAUCUACCUAUAUUUUUAUGAAGAGAAAUACUGAUUUUUUUUGUGUGCGUGUGUGCUGGGAAAUAGCACAGACUGUCAAAAAUAACUAAGAAAUAUUUGUUACUGCGAUUUGCUAAUAAAAUUUCGGGAAGCA